AUGUCUGAAAAACUGUUUUCUUUCGAUGGUGCUUAUAGUGAUACAGAUCAAAAAGUGGAAACAAGUAUUGACGAUGGAGUGUUUAUAAUAACAGUUUCAGACAACAAAAACAAAAUUACUCAAAGAGCUGAGUAUACUCGUCUCAAAGUGCGCUUACCUCGUGUACCACCAUUUUCAUGUCCGUGUGAAAAUUGUGGAAAGAUAUUUGAAACACAUGAAAGAUUGCGUAGUCAUUACCGACAUAAUCAUGGCGAGAAGAGAUAUAAAUGCAAUGAAUGCCCUCUUCGUUUUCUUUAUCCAAGAGAUCUUAGGUCACACCAAAGAACACACACUGGUGAAAAGCCAUUUAUAUGUGAUACAUGUGGAAAACGUUUUUCUCAAAUGAGUGCAGUGACAAUUCAUAUGAAAACUCACAAAAAAGACAAGAGUGAAGAUGUAACGGUACAUCCUUGCUUGGUAUGUAAAAGACAAUACGUGAGCAAAGAUGAUAAAACAACUUCAUUUGAUAUAAAUAAUUAUGACAUGUCUUCUCUUGUUUGUCCGAAUGGAAAUUGUGCAAAAAAAUUUGCAUCAAUCAAAUCCCUGCGAAAACAUAUAAACAAUGACAUAUGCAAUAUGAGACAGUUACAAUGUUCAGAAUGUAAAAUUAAGUUUGGUACAAUGCGACUCAUGAGACAACAUAUUGUAACAGAACAUUGUAAGCACACCUAUAAAAAAAAGAUUAAAAAAUCUAAAGUGCUUGUUACUCAGGUUGCGAUUAAAACUGGUGAACAAGUGGAUGCGCAGUUUUCGAAUGCAACAAUUUCUGACAUGCAAAAACCUUAUGCUAAUUUGCAAUCUCACAGUACCUUUUUAUUGGACUCUUUCCCUUCUCAAAAUGCUAAUAAUAUGUCAGCAUUGCCAGAGUUUGGAGACAAUGUGGAGUUGGGUUCGGAAAUUGUCAUGGGAUUUGAGGAAGAUUGA